UUAUUCAGCUAUAUACUCAACACUCGCUACUCUUUCUCUGUGAUACAAUACAAUACAACUAUUUUUUCGUCUGUCAGUUUCAUUGACGGUUUGAGUUACUGGUAUUUUGAUAUUUAAGUUAUUUUUUUAGAUGGUUUAAUAAAUGAAAUAACAUAGUAUCAUGGCCUCAAUACCACAUAUACAAAUGUUUAUAUUAUUAUUUCUAGUUUCAUACACAAUAUCUUCAAUAUCGGCUGAAUGCUCUAUUCCUGUAGUUUUAAGAAACACAUGGUUUUCAUUUGAAAAUGGAAAGCAGACCAUCACUGAUAUUAAUGCAAAUGAGAUGACAGGAAGAGGUCUGUGUGUGAAUAUUAAGGCUGAUUACCAUGUUAACUAUACAAUGGUAUUCCGGUAUACCAAGUGCUACUAUUGUGUUAAACUCAUAGUUCGGACAGUUAAUGUACUGGAGAAAAUUGAAACACCAUGUGUGGAUGUCGGACAAGAUGAAGAGCCAACAGUUGAAAGAGUGUGCAAAGGCCUUAAUCCUGAUCAGUCUUUAACUACAUUGUUCUCGGAGAAUUCUGUCCCAGUCAAUUGUAGAUCAUCUCUUGAAGGUGUCUGGCAGUUUGCUUAUCAAAAUCGUUUCAGAUUCACUGGAGAAUGCAAGCAUCCAGAUGCUCAGAUCAAAUCGUGUCAAACAGCUGGAACACAGUUUUUAAUUACUAAUCAGAAGUUUAAUAUUACAUACAGGAAGUGUCCUGGAAUGUCUGGUACUUUUGAUGGUGUCGUUGAAUAUAGCUGUUUAGGUCAUUGGUUUGUUGAUAAAAAUCAUUUCUUUGCUGUUGCAAACACGAAGGAGUCUCGUAAAGAUGAAAGAUACCGUUGCUUCCUGAAGAACAGAGAUGAUGAUCUAUAUAUUGGUGCGUCAAUCACACCACAGUGUAAUACGUUGAAGACCGUUGAGAAAUCACCAGAGAGAUACAGAAUUACUCCUGUUAAGGCAGAGGUAGUAGAACCAGGAUGUCGUUUACCACAAAACUUUUCUGGUGAUUGGAUCAACACUGCUAAUAUUGAUGCUGAUGUUUUUAUUAAUGAGACACAUAUAAUUGAAACUUAUUAUCCCGAUGAGAGCAGAUCUAGACGUACUAUUUAUGUUUGCAGAGAACAGCGUGACAGCCGUGUAAUGAUGGCUCGACUUACUGUUGAUGGUUGUCAGAAGGACUAUGUCUGUUUCGAUUUCGUACCACAACAUCACAAUGUUAUAAGAUAUCGUAAAGGUUUAGCUAUGAUACAAAGUAACUUCCACACAGUAUGCUCAUGGGUGCAAUUUAAAAACUCGCAGCAAUGGCGGUACGAUAUUUUCCUAAAGAAAGUUCCCACACCUAUACGUUGCCCUGUAGCAGGUAAAUUUAAUUUUACACAAAGGGGUGACGUCAGGUUCGAAACAAGAAUUUUAGGUGGUGUAACAUUGAGCCCUCGGCCAAAUUUGUACUGCAAGUUGAAUUUAAGUGACUUUUCAGUGUGCGAUACAGAACAAAAGACUAUUCAAAUUAAGGAAAAUUAUUGCCUAUCUGUAGACUAUUUAGGUAGACCAGUGGAUAUUUACAGUGAUCCUGAUUACAAAAUGAAUUGCAUAGGAUAUUGGAAAGAGAAUUUGAAAUCUUAUCUCAUUACAUAUGAUGAGUUAGAUCCUUUCUCAAAGUACAGAUGUUGGGUGUAUCAGAGAGCUGACCUAAACCGGGUUCUCAUGUCUCAAGCGUUGGGUCCGUAUUGUGACUUAAAACAGGAUGUGACCUCAUGGAACUAUACAGAAGGCGCGGCAGUCGCCGUUGAAAUGGAGGAGUAUGAAAGAGAAAGGGAUCAAUGUCCUAUGCGUUUUGAUGAUGGUAGUGACCCUUGGUCAAAUAAGGAAAAUCAUGUUAAAAUUUUCUCCUUCAGUUACUCAUUUUGGAGGAAUAAUUCUGCAUCAACUUUAGAAAUAUUUAUCCCACUUCUAGUAGCAGCUUUAAUGUACUUAUUGAAAUAGUCUUAAUAAUUGAUAUAUAUUUAUUGUAGGCCACAUUACACAAUACUUAUCUAUUCCAAUAAUAUAUUUAUCAGACUUUUCAGUCAAUUUAAUGAUUCUGACAUAGAAUUUAACAUCAUAGAAUUAAAUUGUUUGAUUUUUUACUUUUUGACUCAAUGUUUAGAUAGGUACUAAUUCUAUUUAUAUGAAACUUCUUUAUGAUCAUAGUUCAUAGUUUCAGGUUCUAUAUAGUAUGUAAGUAAAUAGGUUGCAUAUAUGAGAUAUGGCUUAACAUGUUGACAUAGUUGGAGAGAAAAAUGACUUUCCAGGUACUUUUGAAGCCAAUGCUGUAAGAACUAACAAUAAUAUGUCGAAAUUAAACCCCAUCGAAAUUGGGGCAAGCAGCUAGCUUUUUAAAUAUUUUAGCUACUGUAUUUUACAAUUUAUUUAAUUAGACAUACUCAAUUAACAAAUUAAAUGUAAGUACCAAAUAUAUACAAAGCAAGCUGUUGAUUAUAUAUGAACACUAACAUGAAUACUGUCACAGUAAUGUUUUUGUUAUUGACAUCAAAAUAUUGAUAAAAAACAAUCAUAGUAUGCCAGUAAAAAUUUACCUAAUCAGUAUUUAUUAAGGCAUUACUGCAUAAUACAUUGAGUGCACCUAAAAUCAUUUGGUUUUCAAUCUUAUGAGUCCUUAAAAUUUUAAAAUUAAGGUGUUAAUUUAUUUAAUUUGUCAAAGAAAAAUAUUGUGUAAUGUUGUGUAAAACAGCUGCAGUUAUAUAUAUAUAUUAACUUUGUCUAAUUUAGUUGUUUUGUCUGUAAUAAAAAAGUGUAAUAGUAAUAAUAAUAAUAACAACAUUAUUCACUAAAGCUUAAAUUUUAUUAAUAAAAGUUAUAUGAUAAAAAAAAAUCUGACACAUAUUGCUGAAAUCACACAAGAGGCAAAUAUCUUUAUUAUUUUUGUUGCAUUUUAUAUUACCUCAACAUACUAUGUACUUAUGAAUUCUGCUGUACAUUUUUACAAUUAAUAGAAUAUUAAGUUUCUAAGAUAUUUUCAUAGAGAUAUGAUAGUUAUUAAGUCAUAAUUUUUAAAUGGGAAUCUCUCAUUAGAUUGUACUAUUAAAUGUGCCUUAUAACAUGUCUUGUGAAAACAAUGAAUUAUUUUUAAAAAUUUUGUGAUCAAUUUUAACGACCUGUGAAUAUCAGUCCGUCCAAUAAGUAAGUUUUUAUUUUAUACUUAUUUUUAUUAGAAAAUACAAAUAAAAUAAAUAA